UUUUUUUUUCGGAGGUGUCGAAUUUAGUUCUAUGACAUCGUAAACCUUUUUGGAGCUUUCAGUAAUGACUUGGUGGUUUAUCUUUAUGGCCGUUAGACGGACGCCAACGCAGGGUGUGGACCGGCUAAGCCAUCUAUAAAGAGAAUUGGCACUAGGCAUAUGCCAGCCAUCACAAGUUAGUCGUUCCUUAAAGACACCGAACCAUGCAGUCCAUCACAAUUUUGAAAGUAUUGGUGCUUCUAUGGAGCUCCGGCGUAGCACUGGGGGACUCCGUUUGUUCCAACUGCGACUCCACCUAUGGACAAUAUGCUUGUAUCAACGAGACUGCCUACGGAAUGUGUUUCAAUCAGGGCAGUGUGGAUGAAAGCGCUGUUCAAAAUUGUCGAGAUGGGUAUUAUUGCGUCCUGGAGGGAUUCUGUGCCCUAAUGGAUUCAGUUCAGCCCGCUUGUGUCCCAGAUGAUUCAACUACCACGACCGAUUUAACAACAGAAUCAACCACCUUAACAACAGAGUUAGUCACAGAUUCUUCAACUUUACCUCCAACAACGACAACUAUAGAAGAUUCCACUGAUUCUUCCACAACAGAGCCUACUACCACGGAUUCUUCCACAUCAGACUCUACUACUACAGAGUCUUCAACAGAUUCUACUACCACAGAAUCUUCAACAGAUUCUACUAUAACAGAUUCUUCGACAGAUUCUACUACCACAGACUCUUCAACAGGUUCUACUACAACAGAUUCUUCAACACAAUCUACCACCACGGAUUCUUCAACAGAUUCUACUACAACAGAUUCUUCGACAGAAUCUACCACCCCAGAUUCUUCGACAGAAUCUACUACCCCAGAUUCUUCAACAGAUUCUACUACAACAGAUUCUUCGACAGAAUCUACUACCACAGAUUCUUCAACAGAAUCUUCUACCACCACAACAGAAUCUACUACCAUUACAACAACUACUCUUCCAACUGUAUUGCCAGAUUCUUCCACUGAUUCUUCCCCAACAGAAUCUUCAACUGAUUCUUCUACCCAAAGUAGCACUGAACCCAGUCCAAACACUACUAGCUCAUCAAGUACCGCCACUACAGCCUCGAAUGAAACGGACCCCGAAGAAUAUUGCUCAAAUCUGCGAAAAAAAGGAUACUAUCGAGUUGAAACUGAUACAACUUGCAAAGAGUACGUGUACUGCUACAAGCUGGGGCAGGACUAUCUAGGAUGGCUUUACUACUGCAAUACCGGACAAUAUUACAAUUCGGAAACGGAGUCCUGCCAAUCGGAAAGACCUUCAAACUGUUGAUGUUUAUAAAAUAAAAAAACAC